AUGAAGGGUUUGCGAAUUCCCCUCAUCCGGAACCUCAUCCCGAGUGUAAGUUUGAACAAAAUAAAUGGUACCCAUUUAUUGAAGCACCUGGAAAAUGUGUGUGAGCAUAUAGCCCUGGUGGGGAGGUACACCAAGGGGAAGUCAACACGAAGGAGACACAUCAGUAAGUACAUAAAAAGGGUGGACAGGAACAAGGGGGAAUGCAUCCCAACCAACGGGACAAUAGGAAGGAGUAAAUUAUUCGACCAAGUGGAUGAGCAGUUUAACAAAGCUGUGGUUCUUCUCCCUGAGUUGGGUCCUAGUGGAAUCAUUAGACUAUUGCAUGCCCUGCAAAAAAUAAAAUAUGAAAAAAAAAAGAGAAAAAAAAAUAACAUCCUAAAACGGAUUGAGUACUACCUACUGCGAGGUUCCGUGAACGACACGCUAUACAAUUUUUGGAGUCACCUAAGGAUAAAUGACGCCAUCCUCCUGUUUAGGAUGUUUAUAAAAAACAACCAUUUUGAACCAGCCCUUCUUUACAAACUGAUGGGACAGGUAGUGCACAACAGGGAUUUCUGCAUACCCUCUGACGUGGUACUUUUCCUACGUUCUUAUCAUAUAUACCGAUGCAGAAUAAAGAGGAGUCCGAAAUGGAAGUGGAAAGAAGUUUCCCUCUCGGAUGAUUGCCAAAGGAAGCUCCUCCAAAUCAUUGUGCGCAACAAGUUCGACCUUACACACAAGGAGAUGUGUUCCUUUGUUUCCCUUUUUUCGAUAUAUGGUCGUGUUUUGCCUUUCCACGAACGGUGGCAAAUUUAUACCAAGUCGAUUGAAUAUGUAGAGAGGACCCAACUGGCUUACUCCCCAAGGGAUAUAAAAAAUAUUAUUUUAAGCCUCUUUAGGAUUAACACCUUCCUCUUUGAUGGGGCAUGUGUACCCCGAAAUAAUGAUGGUUUUUCCAUGGGGAAGAAUUCCCACGUGGAGAGAUUAUCCGUGGUGAACCCCACCUUGCGAAAGUUAUUUCAUCUUUACAACAACCACAAUACCGACGUUCGGGUGGAAGACGAGUUGCGAAUACUGGAGAGAGCAGUGCAGAGUCACUACUAUAACUAUGAUAGCCUCGAGAACAUUAUCUUCCACAUAAAGAAUAACCUUGCCCAGUUGGGCCUUUCAAAAGGAGUAAAAUUUGUGCGUUUGGUUAGGAAGCUGCGGAAUGCACACUCAGCCGACGGGGUGGUGCUUACAGAUGCGUCCACGUCAAACACGGAGAGAAAAUUUGUUCUCCAUAUGCUGGACCAGAUUUUAUCCAACUGCGCCGAGGUAUUCAGGGCUCGGUAUAAGUACCCUCCGCGGAAAAUUAGGGCCGUCCUCUCACUUGACCGUUUAGCGGCUGUGCCGGGGGAACCAAACCACGAACUCACCGUAUUGCAUCGCUAA